GAAAUUGGUUUCUUAAAUGGAGAAGUAGUUGUCUAUUCAGACAGUCAAUCAGGUAUUCAACUGUGUAAGAACCCGGUCUUCCACGAGAGAACUAAACACAUACAAAUUAAGUAUCACUUUAUUCGUAACAUAGUGGAUCGUGGCAAAAUUAGACUUGAAAAAAUCCCAUCCGAAUUUAAUCCUGCUGAUAUGGGUACUAAGUGCCUACCCAUCGAAAAAUUCAGAUCUUGCUUGAAAAAUCUGAAUUUUGAGACGAAAGGUUGAUUUACUUUAUGUAUUUCAUUUUUUAUUGCUUUCGUAGAAUAGGUUAUUUAUUUAUGCUAAUAAAUUAUGCACUAACUGUUUUUCCCGUUGAGUGCAGGUACAAUAAAAACGGCAAUGAUGAUCACAUACAUUCCCUGUACCAUUUGAUCCCAGGUGGAGAGUGUUGGAAAAGUUGGGCCCAAAUGGUCCAUAUAUUGAGACUGGCCCAACACCUCAAUUAAUUUCGUGGCCCAUUCCUCGGAGGCAGCCCAAACACCAAGCUGGCCCAGCAGCUUAAGUUGUAAGUUAAUCUGGACCGUCAAUUUUGAGAGGUAAUCUCAGCCCUCCAUAUGACACAUAAAUACUCCAUCUCUCUUCCAUUUCUCCUCCAUAUCAAACCCUAAAAACGGCUGCACCUCUCCCUCUUUCUCUCUCGAAUUUUUCUGCAACAACUCACCGCUUCUGCCGCCGAAUAUGGCGUUGCUAGAAUCGGAUGCGAAGAAAUCGCUAAAUUUGUUGUUUUUCGGGUUUAUUUAUACCCCUCCUUGAGAGACGAGGGAGUGACGACGAUAGCUAAGUUAUACAGCCCCUUUUCUUGUUCAAUUUCCCAUUUUUCUUCGUGAUUUGAGUGGGUUAACAGAUCUGUGUGAUUUGUGAGAGUUCUUUGUGAGUUCGGUGUUUCUGUGUGAGAACAAGAAAAGAGGGGCCUUCUGUGGGUUUUAGAUCUUGGAUAUUUCCAAGAUCGGUUCUGGGUUCGGGUCGAGAAAAGAGUGAGGAGAGAUUGAGUGUUUUUGCUGCGUGUUUGGGCUUGUCACCGGAAUCGUUGGCUGCCUCAUCCGGGAUCGGUGUGUAGCUCGUGGGAACUGUGAACUGAGCCGUGGAUUCUCCUCAGAUCUGAUAGAUAGAUCUUCUGGGUUAGCAUAAAUAAUAAAUAUAUAUUGUGUAAUCUUUAUUAUUUCUGCUUUAUUCUUAGAAUUGCUUGUACUCCCUAACCCCUUAUUCCCAUAGGAUUUAAUCUGUAAUUUAUUACAGUUUAUGUUUAUUAUUUGGUCUGUAAUAACUAUUGAGUUCAACGGGUACCCAACAGAAAGAAUGGAGUAGACAAAGAAAUUGAGAGUGAAGAAUUUAUAGUAGGUGGCCAUACAUGGACAAUUCGAUUCUAUCCCGUAGGAAAAACAAUCGGAGAUCACAAUUCCGGUUUUGCAUCACUGUUUAUAUUUCUCAAGAAACCGACUAGUUAUCCCAUUCGAUUUUUAUACGACGUGACCGUAUUGGAUCAAUCAAAUAAAGGCAAAGAUUAUUGCGGUUACUCAAAUUUCAAAAGCUACCCUUAUUUUGGAAUCGCAUUGGCUAGGCCCGGAAAUAGUGCCAUGUUUGGAUGUCCUCAAUUCAUUAAGCGAAAAACACUUGAAUCUUCUCACUAUUUGAAAGACGAUUGUUUGAAGUUUCGUGUCACUAUUGGAGUUUUGAGUUCUCGAAACCAUAAUCUCCAUCUUAUAAAGGUUCCGGAAUGUUCUAAUAUCGGAGCGGAUUUCGGGGAGUUGUUGCACAGUAAGGAAGGGGUUGAUGUGUUUUUUAAAGUGGGAAAUGAGAGAUUUUGUGCUCAUAAGUGGAUAUUAACGGCCCGUUGCCCUUUAUUUCUCCGGCAUCUUCAGGAUCAUUGCAAGGAAAUUGAGAUUACGGAUAUGGAACCUAGGAUAUUCAAGGCCAUGCUAUGGUUUGUGUAUACAGGAAAUCUUCAGGAGGAAGACGAUGAAGAAUAUUCUAAUCCGUCGAUUCUCGAAUCUUUUAUGGGGAAGAUGCUUGCAGUAGCCGAUAGAUACGAGUUCAAAGGACUUAAAAAUAUAUGCGAAUUUCGUAUUUCGACAAGAAUUUCCGGAAAAUCAGUUCCAUACUUGUUGCAUUUAGCACAACUUUAUAAUGCUAAUGAAUUGAAAAUGGCAUGUGUCAGAUUUGUAGCUGAAAAUGAAUCUGGAUUAGGAAUCAUGGAUUCAAAUGGAUAUAAAUAUCUCAAAGAAACUUGCCCAUUAUUAUUUCUAGAGUUGGCUUAUAAAGAAAAGGGUUCAAUCAACAAACAUCAGGAACGUGAUUUAUGCAGCAAAUUGUUAUCUUCGGUGAAGGGGAGUUUUGUAACUAUGUUAGCGCCUGAAAAUAAAAUUGAUGAGAAGCACAAGAUAAAGAAGAAGGCGUAAGUUUGGCUUUAUUAUUAAUUAAAUGC